AUGAACGCCCUCACCGAGGCCAGGAGAGCCAACAGGAACACGGAGCGCGUCCAGAUCAAGGAGGCCACAGAGACACGCACCAUCCUCUUCGAGUGGCCGCUCACGAAUCUCAAGUCCCACUUCGACUCGUCAAAGUCCGAUGCAAAGUCCAAGGUCAUCAAGUCGGUCCCCUUUGGAGGUGGCAGGUGGACCGUCCUCUUUUACGCGCAGUCCGGCAUCGACCAGUUCUGUUCGCUCUACCUCAACGCCGAGCCGUCACAGGAGGAAAGGAACCAGGCCGUCGAGUACCGCGGCCCAUCCACGCCGGGCGAGAGCGGCGCGGUCAAGGAGGACAAGUGGGCCAGGGAGGGCCUCUACGGCUUCACCUUCCAGAUCCAGACCAUCGACCGGGCCACCAUCCUCGGCACCAAGGAGGCCCACGACCAUGCCUUUUCCGACAAGACCUCGAACUGGGGCUGGGCCCAGUUUGCCAAGCGCGACGCCGUCUACUACAGCAACUCGGCAGUGAGGGCCGCCGAUGCGUUCCUCAUCAGUGUCAGCGUCACCGACAGCCCCGAAAGGCCGCGCAUCCAGCGCUCGCUCGGCCACACUGUCCCGCCGGUCCUUGUCCAGGCUAUGGGCUCGCUGCUCGACGAUCCGGACCACAGCGACAUCGUAUUCGUCAUCCACCCCCGGCGCCGCACGCCCAAUGGCAACCGGCGCCCCAAGCAGAAGGUCUACGCCAUCAAAAAGAUCCUCGCGGCAAGAUGCGAGUACUUUCGCGACAUGUUCGAGGGCGGCUUCCUCGAAGCCGAGACGGUCGGCACGUCCGACGACGACGACUCGGUCGCCUCACCGCGCUCGUCUCCCUCCAACGACCGUCAGCAGAGCCCGCUUCGCGGCGGAGUCGGGACGCGGGCCUCGCCGGCGUCUGGGGCCCGCCAAGACGGCAAUGACUUCGACGACGACCUCGACGACGACCAGUCUGACGCGAUCCUCGACGAUUCGGACGAGGAGCUCGAGUAUCUCGAAAGUCGGAAACUCGACCUGGCAGCUGGACGUGACCAGUACCUUGGCCGAAAGAGCGGUAUCGCUGGUGGCGCCCACAAUGCCUCGACCGAAGAAGGCUGUGGCCGCCACGGCGACAAUGACGAUGAUGACGACGAUUUUGUCGACGACGACGAAGUCAUCGCCGUCUCUGGCGGUGGCGGGGGCGGGGGCGGGGGCGGUGCUGACCCCGGUGAUGCCAUGGCAACAAUGGGCGAUCAGGACCAGAUCGAGGAGUACAUGGACACGUCGUCGUCCUUUCCCGCGUUUCACCCGGGCUCGCCGAUCCAGCCCCUCUCGGCUGGCGCCGCCUCGUUCAGCGUAAAGGCCGAACCUGGCAGCGAAGGCGUACCGCAGAGGCAGCUCUCGGGCGGCCGCACGCAGCCUAUGGACAAACUCGACGCCUCUGGCUCCUCCGCAGAUCGGGCGAUGGUCCGUCAAAACUCGGUCGGUCAGAACACACGGCCCGAGAUCCGCACGCCACAGAAGCCUCAGCCGACCCAGAAGAGGUCGCGCGCCAACACCUUUGAGACCCACGACAGCAAAAAGGUCGGAUCCAGCUUCGCAUCGCAGAAGAAGCGCCGCAAGGUGGUCGUUCGCGAUUCCGCCUACCUCACCUUCAAAGCGCUCCUCUACUACCUCUAUACGGACACGGUCGAGUUCUCGCCGCUCACAUCGAGCUUCCUGUCGACCGAAGCGGCGGCCGAGGAGUCCAGCUCCGGCAGCGGCGUCUGCAUGGCCAAUGGGGACGUGCGCUGGGGCAGCAGCAGCACAGAUGUCUUCAACGACGAGAUGCGAAAGGCACACGCGAUGCGCAAGGAACACAUCGACAUGUGGUGCGCACGCUUCCCCGACAAGCCCGUCCCCUGUUCGGCCAAGGCCAUGUAUCGCCUGGCCGACAAGCUGCAGAUCACCGACCUCAAGCGACGCGCGCAGGAGCACAUUGCCAACAGUCUGACGGUCAAGAACAUUGUCUGGGAGGUCUUUUCCGGCUUCAACACGCAGUUCAAGGACAUCCGAAAGAUCGAGACCGAUUACCUACUCAAGCACUGGAAGGAGGUGAAGAAGUCGAGGGCGAUGAAGACGAUCUUCUUCCGCUCCAGCGCGCACCCGGGCCUCGCAGAGGUGUGGCCUUACCUGCUCAGCCAGCUCGAGUACAAGGCGACGCCCGACGAGGGCGCCAUCGAGGCCUCGGACAGCGAGUGA